AGAAUUAAAUAAUUAUUUAUCUGGCUAAUUUUGCCUGCCUACACUGCGCUUUUCUCAUCGCCAUUUCUUUCUUCCAGCGUCGUGCGAGUUCGAGUUUUACUCGUUAGGUUAGGUUUUCUUUUCGAGGAGAACGACGGCUACAGCGAGGAAGAUUGCUUGACAAACUUGCUGAAAUUCUGAAGCUUGGGUUUGCUGCUUCGGCUUCGCGUGAAGUAGAGUGUUAGCUGAAAUUCUCGUUACUGCUUCCGGACUGCCCGUCCAGCUUAAUCGGACAAAAGAGUGCCAUUACUUUUGAUAUCCAUAAGCUGCUAUGAGUUGUACUUCUGCCUAUCUCGGGGGCUGCAUAAGAUUGGCAGGUCGCAGAAGUACAAAUUUCAAGAAUUGUCUCCAACGAGACAUCAAAUUUUCAGUUUCUGUUUCGAAGUUCCACGGUGCUCUCUGGUCUUCAAGUGUUAAUGUGCCGGACCAGUUCUCUUCUUUCAAAUUCAUUCCACAGGUUUCCAAUAACUCCAAUACUGGUUUUGAUCAAAGCAACCUCCAAGGCAAUGGUAACAAUGAGGCUUAUGAAGAUAAGGUUGUGGCACUAGUUAUUGGAGGAGGUGGAAGGGAACAUUCACUUUGCUAUUCUUUACAGCGUUCUCCCUCUUGCGCUAGAGUUUUUUGCGCUCCAGGAAAUGCUGGAAUUGCUCAUUCUGGGGAUGCAACUUGCAUACCAGAUUUGAAUAUUUCUGAUAGUGCUGAUGUUCUAUCUUUUUGUCGAUUAUGGGGCGUAGGGUUGGUGGUAAUUGGCCCUGAAGGCCCUCUGGUUGCUGGCCUUGCUAAUGAUCUUGUUAAGACGGGGAUUCCCACGUUUGGGCCAUCAUCAGAGGCUGCAGUGCUGGAAGGUUCUAAGGAUUUCAUGAAAAAACUGUGUGAUAAGUAUGGCAUUCCCACUGCAAAGUAUCGAACUUUUACCAAUCCAUCAGAGGCAAAGCAAUAUGUUAAGGAACAAGGAGCUCCUAUUGUAAUCAAGGCAGAUGGAUUGGCUGCAGGGAAGGGAGUUAUUGUUGCCAUGACUUUGGAGGAGGCUUUUGAAGCCGUUGACUUGAUGUUGGUGAAGGACCUUUUUGGCUCUGCUGGUUCGCGAGUUAUAAUUGAGGAAUAUCUUGAGGGUGAAGAAGCUUCAUUCUUUGCUAUAGUGGAUGGAGAUAAUGCCCUACCUCUCGAGUCUGCCCAGGAUCAUAAAAGAGUUGGCGAUGGCGAUACUGGUCCAAAUACAGGAGGCAUGGGUGCUUAUUCUCCUGCUCCUGUGCUGACAGAAGAACUCCAGUCUUUGAUCAUGGAAUCAAUAAUAUUUCCUACAGUCAAGGGAAUGGCUGCUGAAGGCCGUAAAUUUGUAGGUGUUCUAUAUGCAGGUCUGAUGAUAGAGAAGAAAUCUGGGCUACCUAAGCUUAUUGAGUAUAAUGUGCGAUUUGGAGAUCCAGAAUGCCAGGUUCUGAUGAUGAGACUCGAGUCAGAUUUGGCACAAUUGUUGCUUGCUGCCAGCAGAGGAGAUUUGAGCAAUGCUUCAUUGCAUUGGUCCCCAGAAACAGCAAUGGUGGUUGUAAUGGCAAGUGAAGGAUAUCCAGAGGAUUACAAGAAGGGAACAAUCAUAAGAAAUCUUGAAGAAGCAGAGCGUGUUUCUUCUACGGUGAAGGUGUUUCACGCCGGAACUGCACUCGAUUCCGGUGGCAAUUUCAUCGCAGUCGGCGGCCGUGUGCUUGGCAUCACAGCUAAGGGGAAGGAUAUAGAAGAAGCAAGGAAAAGAGCUUAUGAUGCUGUGGAAGCAAUUGACUGGCCUCAAGGAUUCUUCCGAAGAGAUAUUGGCUGGAGAGCACUACCCCGCCUGGAGACAUGUCGGCACAGGGCAAGAAGGGGAGAGGAUUCAUAAGAAAAUGUAGUCGAUAGGCACUUUCAGCUACGGGUUAUGGGAAUUAUUUUGCAUAUAAAUGUAUUAAGCCCUCCAUACAAAACCUUUUGUUGUUGAGAAUUGUUCCAUGGAGAACUAUUGAUUCUGUGCUUAUAUAAGAGUACAUCUUUUAAUGU